AUGGGCCGCGAAGACCAGAUUGAGGAGCGUGAGGUGCUCGAUUCAAUCUUCCCCGAUGAAAUCACCGACAUAUCCGAAAACUCAUACCGAGUAUCCAUAACUCUUGAUACACAGGAAUAUGAAGGUGAUGAAACCGAACAGCCCGUGAUCUGUCUUGAGGUUUCCUACCCGGAAGAAUACCCUGAUGUCGGCCCGAAUCUCACGAUCACAUCUCCGCCCAAUGCUGUGAAGCAUCCCCGGUUAGAUAUCCAAGAGGACCGAGAACAACUGAUGAAGGCUCUAGAGCCUACCAUCGAAGAAAAUAUGGGCAUGGCCAUGGUAUUCACAUUGGUUAGCGCACUUAAAGAAAGCGCGGAGGCUCUCAUCACCGAACGAGCAAACAUCGUUCAAGCCGAGAUGGAGGAGGUCGCUGCGAAGAGAGAAGAGGAAGAGAACCGGAAAUUCCAUGGCACACCGGUUACUGUCGAGUCAUUCUUGGAGUGGAGCGUCAAGUUCAAAAAGGAGAUGGAGGAGGAGGAGCUGCGGCUACGUGAAGAGAAGGAAUCGGAAGAUAACAAGAAGAAAAAGGCCACAAAAGAAGAGAAGAAACUCACAGGCCGACAGCUGUGGGAGAGAGGAUUGGCUAAGGGUGAUUAUGAUGACGAGGAGGAGGAUGCCUUGCCAGCAAUCGAGAAGCUCAAAGUGGCUUCAUGA